ACUCAAGAAGAAUUUAUCUUGAAGAACCAAGACCAAGAGCUCAAGAUUUCAAGCCCAAGGGACGCUGAUAAAUAUUAAAUAGUGAAAAUAGUAACGCUACUUCCGGCGGUGGCUGUGGUUUUGGAGCGGCAAAUGGCGGCCCUUCGAAUUGACGAAGGCGAACCGGUGGAGGACGGAGUGCAGAAAUUCUUCGACUUGUUGACACGGCUUGAAGGAGCUGACCUGAACUACAGUGACCUUCAAAAGAAGACCAAGCUGCUGGCCUUGCUUCCGGACUCAUGGUCCUCGCUCAUCAUCAACCUAAAUCGAGAUCUGCCCCGCCUCUCGCUCGAAGAUGCCGGCAUGGACACAUCUUCCAAGGGAUCCAAAACUUAUACCGCGCGGCUUGGUGAGCGGAAGCUUUGGGACCUUCAUGAGGACAGGGACAUCUACAAUGAAAUGUGGCAAAUCCCAGUGGUCCCCAUGCCUAAGGAGAGGCAAGUGGCAGCAAGCAUCAGCACCAAGAGUGAAGCGGUUGGUGGCGGUGAUCACGGAAAGCAAAGUGACACCAAGAGUGACUCGAACGACUGCAAUCUUGGAGAGACCAGCAAGGCAUGUGAAUCCAAGGAGAGUGGUGCAGCAGCCAAAGGUGGUGGAAAUGAGGAGGAGAAUCCUAAGAUCAGCAAAGCAGCAGCGGCGAAGGAGAAAGGAGAGAGCUUGUGGGGCACAAUUGCGAGUGCCGAUUUCUCCAACCCGACUUCCGCUACGGGAGAGUGUGAUUGGCUGACCUUGCAUCGGCGAAUGGGGCAUGUGGCAUUGCCCAUUUUGCAGCAGAUAGUCAAGCAAGACAUGGUCAGUGGGAUACGUGUCAAGGGGGAGCCCAAUGAGGUGCUUGGCUGUCCAACAUGCAUGCAAGCCAAGUUCACCCGCUACCCGUUCCAUAGCUCGGAGACAACGGCGAAGGCACCACUCGAUGAGGUGGUGAUGGAUGUGGUGGGCCCCUUGAAGCUUGGAGCUGCUGGAGCUGAGUACUUCCUCACCAUUGUGGACGUCUACACUCGCAUGACUUGGGUGUAUGUGCUGCCCAAGAAGAGUGACGUGGCUGAAACGGUGAAGACCGAUUGGUUGCCGAUGGUGGAGCGGCAACAAGACCGGCUUGUGAAGGCGAUUCGCACUGACCAGGAGGAGGAGGUGCAGCAAGGUGAUGAGCGUACACCGUCACUUCCGCCUCGUGCUACAAGUGCUCGCGGGAACCGAGCAGAUUUGCAGCAACGCCAUGAGAGCAUCCAAGUCCCUGCAGUAGAGGAGGAAGGAAGGGGGAGAAGGAAGACUCAGCCCCCCAAUAGGUUGAGCUAUGAACGGCUUGGAGGAGCAGCCAACUCAACCUUGACCGGUUCGGCUCUCAUGCUAGGCGAUGAAGCGGAAGAUGAAAGCGAGGAGUGCGCUCUUGCCUUCUUCUCUCCGGUGGAGAUACCGGGGGAGCCUACAAAUCCCAAGGAGGCUUGGGAGGGCCCCAAUGGGAAGGAGUGGAAGAAGGCCUCAGAUGAAGAGAUGGGGAGCAUCAUCGAGAACGACACGUUUGACUUGGUGAACCUACCUCCGGGGCGUAAGGCGAUCUCUUCCAAGUGGCUCUUCAAGCGCAAGACCGACGCCGACGGCAAGAUUGAGCGCUACAAGAGCAAACUUGUAGCCAAGGGGUACCAGCAGCAGGAGAAGAAGGACUACAAUGAAGUAUAUGCUCCUGUGGUGAAGGGUACAACCCUUCGAACCCUCUUCGCCGCGGCGGCCUUCAAAGGAUGGGUGGUGAAGCAAAUGGAUAUCGUAACGGCCUUCCUCAACGGAGUUUUGGAGGAAGAGACCUACAUGGAGCAGCCAGAGGGGUACAAUGAUGGGAGUGGCAGAGAGGUGAUGCUGAAGCUUCAAGACAAGUUCAAUUGCAAGACCCUUGGUGACGUCAACUACUACCUUGGGCUUCACAUUGAGCGAGAUGUGGAGAAGCGGUGGAUGCGAGUGCAUCAAAAGAAGUACUUGGAGGCCUUGGCUGCAAACUUUGGGAAGAGUGAAGGUCAUGUGGCUACUCCUCUACCCUCAGGGUUCAAGUGUGUGAAAGGACCAGCGGAGGAAAGUGUUGGUGAAGAGGAGAGGCGCCGUUUUCAUUCCUUGGUGGGCAGCCUCAUGUAUGCGGCCGUUCACACAAGGCCGGAUGCAGCCUUUGCUACCGGGCAGCUAGCUAGGGUUGUCCAAUGCCCUAAUGAAGAGCAGGUAGCAGCUGGAGAGAGGGUGGCCAAGUACCUUGGCCAAACAGCAACUCACCUCCAGGGGCCAAGAGCGGCGGCGGCAGUGGCGGCGACGGCAGCGGCGGCGAUGGCGGCGGCGGCGGCGGCAGCGGCGACGGCGGCGGCGGCUGCGGCGGAGUCGGCGACGGCGACAGUGGAGGCGGAGACACCGGGGAAGGGGGACGCGGCAAGGAUGGGCCGGGGGUACCACCAGAGUCAGCAGACUCCUCAACGGGGACAACCGACAGGAGGGGAGUGACGUGAGAGACACUAGACGGGG